AGUAAUAUGCAUUUGUUAUUUUAUUUGCCAUGUGGCUUGCGGCUGUUGUAGGUUUGGGAAUUACGAUGGGUUUAAUUAAGUUUUAUAUACAACUUUAAACUGAUAUAUUGCUAGCAUAUUUAACUAGCUAGUUGGGCGUCAAAAUCGCAUAUUAAGAGUUAGAUACAUUAGUGCACUUAGAAUUAAUAAAUGCAUCAAAUGUACCCAUUUAGUACUGGUUUAGUGAAAAACAAAUCCAUGGAACGGGGAAUUUGGCAGUACUACAUGCGCGAAUGAAGUUCUAUAAUAUGUAACGGAAUGCAGCGUCGGUGUCGUGAUAUUAAAAAUAAAUCGAUAAAACGGCAUGAUUGAGAACAAUCUACCCACCUUAAGCUACUUUAUAGUUUUAGUCACUACUAUUUUAGUGCUGGGAGUCGGUGACAGGUGUAUAUUUUACUAAGGAAGGAAAAUGGUACAAAAUAAAUUCCUGUAAAAUUAACAGUGAAAGUUACUAAAUAAUUAAACAAUUAAAAUUACUUGAUCAUUAUUUUUUUUUUACUCUGCACUAUGGCGCAAGUAAUCGCAUUUCUAAAAAUAAUCCAAGACGGAAUUUUACCGUAUCACAAGCGUGAAUCAAUCUCAACGACCAAUUUAUUAUUCCGAACACACACAAAAUACGCUUCCACGGCACUCUUGGUCACAUCAACGCUCCUCUUCAUUCAGCAGUUCUUUGCUGACCAUCUCAAAUGCAUUAGACCAUCGGACGAAGGUACAAAACUGGAGUCUCAACCACUGAAUCAGUUCUGCUACACAAAGGGAACUUUUGCCACGAGAAAUGAGUCGGACUCAUUUUUCGGCGGAGGGGAAGGCUACAUUAGUGUGACCCACUAUCAUCCUUAUUUUCAAUGGGUACCGUUUAUCCUCCUCUUGCAAGGCAUAACGUUUCACAUUCCGCAACUCGUCUGGAGCAAAUUUGUGGAGAAAGGAAGAUUAGCCUCACUCUGCGCCUUAACCUCAACGGAACAAGUUUCCCUCAAUCCGGAAUCUCUCAAUUGCGAUGAGGAUGGGACCUCAUCGAUUAAAGAAUGUGCCACACAAACGCCUCAGUUAGUUCUUCCUCCUGGUUGGAAAUCCUUCGCGAGUACAUUGCACUCUUCAUCUAACAAACGUUACUUUUCUGGAUUUAUGCUCUGCGAAAUGUUAAAUAUUCUCAUGGUGUUGAUCACCAUCUUUACGACGGAGUGGUUUCUUGGGGGACGCUUUAUUCUGAUGGGUCCAAGAUGGAUCUCAUAUUUGCAUCGCCUUAGAACUACACCUACCUCGGAAAAUUCAGCGGGGCUUAAUUACUUGGAGAGUGUAGAAUCCGGAAAUCCACUGGAAGGCGCAUUUCCAACUUUGUUCACAUGUCACUGGCCCAAACCCAUGACAAAUGUGGUUUAUGAAGUUCCAUGCCUUUUAGCAUUAAAUGUGACCCAUCAAAGAAUUUAUCUAAUUCUCUGGACCUCACUUCUCAUAAUGCUGCUCUUGGGAAUUAGCAACUUCAUAUACAGGCUUCGAGUAAUCAGGAAUUCGAAUUUACGGGUCGAUCUUAUGGAGCGGAAUUCAUUAAAAAAAUGUGUUCAUAAUCCGGAAGAAAUGCGUCGUAUUUUAGCAGAUUUGUCAGUUUAUGACUGGUUUAUUUUAAAACGGAUCUUGAAAAAUGUUAACUCACAAAAGUUUAAUGUGAUUCUGCAACAAGUCAGUGAGGCAAUUUUACAAGCUAAAUCUGGUGGUGGGAUGGUGGAUGAGUCGAAUGGUGCUAUUUCUGUUAUUGAACUACAGCCUAUAAACUCGGUCCCUUCCUGAACAAAGGGAAACAGAUUUAAACGUGAUUUGCAGAAUAAAUAAGUUAUUUUGGAACAAGACCAAAAAUGAGAUCUCUGAAUUCUUAUGCCCAUUGUAUGUCUUUCAUAUGAAUGUAUGUAUAUUCUGACCAAUGUAUAUUAAAUCACUAUUGCUUGACAAAGAAAUAGUCACGGUUAAUGUUUUAUUCUUAUUAUAAACUGUACAAAUUCGAUGAAAAAUAAUAAUUUAGUUCUGUACAUUUAGA